AUGCAUUUCCUCAAGACACUGGUAGUCUCCUUGCUACCGAUAGCUGCUCUAGCUGCCAAAAAACCCGCCGUCGAUAACUUUGAACGAUACCAUACAAAAUCUCUCUCAUCUACUCCUUUGAAGCUCGACGAUAAUGUUUACAGCAAAUUGACCUCUGCACCCAGGGAUUACUCUGUAGCCGUGUUGUUGACAGCUUUGGAAACUAGAUUUGGAUGUCAAUUAUGUCGUGAAUUUCAACCAGAAUGGGAUCUCUUAUCAAAGUGCUGGACAAAAGGAGAUAGGCAAGGGGAUUCCCGUUUGCUCUAUGGAACACUUGACUUCAUAGAUGGCAAAGGCACUUUCCAAUCUCUUGGUCUUCAAACUGCUCCCGUCCUUCUUCUCUUUCUGCCUACCAUUGGCCCUCAUGCCUCAACAAUCAACGGCCCCGUGAGAUACGACUUUACAAAUGGUCCUCAAAGCGCUGAACAGAUACACUCCUGGAUUGCUAAACAUCUUACCGAUCGACCACAUCCUCCCAUUCAACGACCCAUCAAUUGGGUUCGCGGUAUCGCUGUUACCACCACUAUACUAGGAACGAUCACCUUCCUCAGUGUUGCUUCCCCAUACAUUCUCCCCGUUGUUCAAAACAGAAAUGUCUGGGCCGCAAUCAGCUUGAUUGCCAUACUUUUGUUCACCAGUGGCCAUAUGUUCAAUCAUAUUCGAAAGGUUCCAUACGUUGCCGGUGAUGGACAUGGAGGUGUUAGCUACUUUGCAGGGGGCUUCUCAAAUCAAUAUGGUCUAGAAACACAAAUUAUCGCUGCCAUGUAUGGGCUUCUGUCUUUUGCAACUAUCUCUUUAGCUCUAAAGGUUCCCCGUAUUGCAGACCCCAAAAUUCAGCAAGUCGCAGUCCUCGUGUGGAGUGGCGUCAUCUUCGUCAUGUAUAGUUUCUUGCUUAGCGUUUUCCGCAUCAAGAAUGGUGGAUAUCCAUUCUGGCUCCCUCCUUUCAGCUGA